UCAAGUGACGGAGGUAGGUCAGUCUCCAACUGAGAGACGUGUCUGUAGUCACAGGGUUUAUUUAACACGUAGACAAUUCCACCCCUCUCACACACAUUUACUCGGCAGUGGAGCUACCAACCCACUGCAGUUCUUGGAUCGCUUGCUGACAACACUAUUCGACUGGACUGAGAGAAUAACAGCCUACUAUAUUCGACUGGACUGAGAGAAUAACAUAGCCUACCGAAAGAAAAAAGAAAGCAAGAACAUUUAUGAAAGAAAUCUAUAUUCAGAGGACAACUGCAGCUGAAUAUUUCCGCACAACUAUAUACAAAUAGAAACCUAUUUUCAAGAUUGCAUUUCACGGAAUUUCUUUCUGAAUUCAAAAAGAGGCUGAAUGGAGAGGAUUACAAGUGCGCAACCUCCUCCUUGUAUGGCAAAACACCCGUCUUUUGACAUAGCUGACAACCAAGGAGUGGAUUUCUCUAUGUACAUGUUCAAAUCCAGAAGGGGCAUAAAGCGCCGAGAUGACAGUAAGGAGACUUACAAGUUACCUCACCGGCUAAUCGAAAAGAAAAGACGCGACAGAAUCAACGAAUGCAUCGCCCAGUUGAAGGAUUUAUUGCCUGAACAUCUGAAACUCACAACUCUGGGGCAUUUGGAGAAAGCCGUGGUGUUGGAACUCACCCUCAAGCAUGUUAAGACUCUGGGCAGUCUUCUGGAACAGCAGCAACAGAAAAUCAUCGCAUUGCAGAAUGGCAUGCAAAUUAACGACCAGAGCAGUGUUAGCUCAGAGAGCAGUGAGGAGAUGUUCCGCACAGGCUUUCAUGUAUGUGCCAAGGAGGUCCUUCAGUAUCUUGCCACACAGGAGAGCAACAGAGACCUGACCCCCUCCCAUAUGAUCAGCCACAUCCACAAGGUAGCAUCCGAAGUGCUGCAGUGUCCAGCCAACCCACGUGUCGAGGAGCCUGCCCACAACCUUUCGGAGAAGUUGGAGAAGCCUACUGGGCCACCCCCUAAGGCCUCUGAGGGUCAUGCCAGGAACUGUGUGCCAGUCAUUCAAAGGACUUACCCCCACGGCACUGGGGAGCAGAGUGGCAGUGACACAGACACUGACAGUGGCUAUGGAGGGGAGCAUGAGAAGCGGGACCCCAAAGCCCAGCACGCCAGUUACUAUAGCAAAGAGGCGGAGCUCAAGUACGGUCUUGCAGACAGGAUGGCAGGUGCCAUCAAGCAGGAGGGUGAUGAACCCCAGGCCAAAAGGUUAAGAUCAGACUCCUCAGAGGAUGAGUCCUUCUCUGGGCAUGGGGCUGGUAACCAUGGCAAAUACAUGAACUUCUCCCCCCACCAACCCCAAGUCUGCAUGCCCUUCUACCUCCUACCCCCUUCAGCUGCGGCUGCUGCAGCUUACCUGCCCAUUCUGGAGAAGUGCUGGUACCCUGGGGGUAUGUCUAUCAUGUACCCAGGUAUGAGUAGAUCCGCUGCCAGCAUGUCUCCGGAAAAGCUACCCCAAUCCUUGUUUGUAUCUUCAAGGGAAAGCUCACCAGUUCCCCACCAGACCCCCAUGGACUCACCAGCCCUUCUCCAAGCUUUAAAGCAAGUCCCGCCUUUGAACCUGGAAACCAAAGAGUGAGGAACAUUAGUGUUCACACCCUGACCUGUAAAUGUUUGGUGUUGAGAGAAGAGCAGAAGAGAAGAGCAGCAGCAUAUUUCCUUCCUCGGCAGCUCUUGAGUUCCCACAGCCGCGUUCUCCCUGUGAGAAGAUACGGCUACUCACACACAAAAACCCAGUGUUCACCAUCCUCCAUUGUCAGCUCACAUACACUGAGAGUACAUUGUGAGGAGAACAUGUCAACCCUUUCGUCCUGUCCGUAUGGAAGGUCACAGAUGACCUAUCGCACAGUUCUGAAACACUGUUCGGUCAAAUUGGUCAAUACUUGUAAAAAAGUUUUUUUUUUUUUUUUUAUAUAUAUAUAUAUAUAUAUAUAUACAUACUGGAUAUCAGUGAUUGAGGGUGGAAUUUAACUGGGGAGGGCUUUUGUGUGCUGAAUGUCAGAGAUCAACACAGAAUGUGAGGCACAGAAAGCCACCAUUAGGACCUGCCAUUUGCACACACACCUGUCUGUAAUGAAUGUAAAGACUAAAUGAAACCCUUUAGAUGCUGCUUAAGUUGCUGUUGCUGUAGACCUGUGACUAAAAAGACCUAUAUUUUCUGCAUCUGUAGCUCCUAAAUCUGCAAGAGACUGUCCUUUAGACUAGUAUGCAACCAAAUAAGUGUCCGGUUUACGUUGACCAGAGUUGACAUAAAAUCCAUUACUCCUUUACCUACCAACCUGGCAGCUUAAUAGACUCCACAAAUCUUGUUUUAGCAGUCAGGGUGGUGUCACCUCAAUAGAUUUGAGUUUGUGACUUGUUUCCGUGUUGAGCAAGUACUUUUGAGUUCCUGUGACUUGUAAUUAUUUUGUUUACGACUUGUACAUCUUUAUUUUUGAUACAUGACCCACUGAGUGUAUUUGCAUUGCAACAAGAGGGAGUUUUAGAUGGUCCUUUGCUGUAUGCCAAGAGAACGUGUACAUAGGAGUGUGCUAGACCUGAUGUGCAUCAUGCUUUUUAAUCAUUUCUGUUCAAAUUAAGCCUGAUCGUAGUUCAUCCUGUUGCCUUUACUAGUUUAAAGCAGAAACAAUGAUGACAGAUGUUUAAAUGUAUGUAUUUGUAAUAAUUAUUGAUGGCAAAGCAAGGAAAGUGAAUGUAAUGUUUGAAACAAAGUAGUUUUAUAUAGGACGAGGUACUUGGGAUUUUUAUUGUGGGACCUAACAGAAGGUUGCUUGUUGUACAUAUUUUGUCAAUAAAGUAUUGAUACAUUCA